AGGAAAAGUGAACAAGAAAACUUUUUUUUGGGAAAUAUGGGGAAACAUAACCUCAAAACCAUGGCUAAAAUGUAUGGGAUUUUGACUGGUAGUUAUUACCAAUUUGAUCCUCCGCGUUGGAUUCUGACUUUGACCUCAAUUAUCUUCCAAAGAAAAGACUUUUUUAGAGAUUUUCUUUUUGCUAUCUGAAAGUAAUUAAAAUUCCCUACACAUAGAUACUGUAACGGCUGGGGGUGUUUUCCAGAGGGAGACCGAAGGAGAUUAAGAACACUGACUUUCCACGGUACACAAUUACAUUUAUUCCGUCUAUUGCACAUAAAGUUUGUCGCCCGGUGUAUUGGUGGCGAUUUCAAUAACGCGUCGCUUGAAGAGCGAGCGAGAGAGCACUGUGUCGUCAUCACUACGGUGUGGCAUUUCCGGAAGGGUGAAUGGUAAUUCUCACGAAGGAAGGGAAGCUCCUGCUUCCCCCUGAUGGCAUAAGGCGUGACCCGAUGAAGGGUGAAAGCCGAAAGUGCCACCAAAAGGACGUCUUCAUCGACGAGGCCGGAGGCACUCCACGUGGCGGCCAGAGAUUGUCCGGGAAGGCGGCCUGAGGGCCUCGGUGGGGAGACAUUCCCCAAUGGCAGGGCCCCACGGGUCUCUGGCGAUAAUGGGGCGCACAUCAGUAGCGUGGGCGUUAGCGGUUGGGCUAGAACGUGGGCAUGCUGAGGCACCAAGGGCCACGUGGAAGUUCUCGAUGGGCAAGUGGCGUCGAGGGGCGUCUGGAGGUGCCGGAGACGCCUGUAGAGUUUCCUCACAAUGCGUAGCUUCCUUGAGGGUAGUUCCGGAAGGUCCUUGCGCACUUCACGUAGAAUAUUUGCUCACUCACUUUGCUCGCGUGCGCGCGUUACGAUAGACCAAGGCAGACCCUUUCUAUUCGAUUCGUGUUCUUUUCUCUUGGCUCUCAUGAACCGUACGUCAAUCCGGUUCUGCAACUUUCGUGAUGAUUUGCUACUCACUCUCCAAAAGGGGCGCUCGUAACAAUACUAAAUUCAUCAAGAUAAGUCCAAUAGAUUUUAUUCUAUGACAAUUUUAAGAUUCAAAUUGGUACCAAGUACCAGUUUUGUCCUUCGGUGUUAAAAGCAUUUUUUUAAACAGUCCCACAUUCACUCAAUUUGGCCUCAAACAUUCAUUUAAACAUUGCGCAAGUUUUGUUUAGUGGGAUGAAGGUUUUUUAUGGAACGUGCCAGCUGGGUUUAAAUCACUUUUUGACGUCUGACGUGUACUUUUGUUUUUCCGCGAGCUCUCCCAGCAAUUUUGCAUCAUUUUCGCAACAUUAACAUAUUUUUCGAGAGUAUCAGCCUCCUGGCUGCACAAAUCCUCAAGAUGCGCUCUGUGGGAGUGUCUCUGGUGACGUUGGGGCUCACGGCGGCUGUAAUUGGGAAUGCGUACUAUCAGAAGAAACAGUUUUAUCCAUCUGUCGUCUACAUCACGAAAUCCAAUCCUAGUAUGGCGGUUAUCUACAUCCAAUCAAUGGUGCUCGUUUUGAUGCUGGGGAAACUCAUGCGAAAGGUUUUCCUGGGAACAUUGCGAGCAGCUGAAUUUGAACACCUUAUGGAGAGAUUUUGGUACGCCCUGACGGAAACCUGCCUCGCCUUUACUGUCUUUCGUGAUGAUUUCAAUCCGAAAUUCAUUGCACUCUUCACGGUUCUCCUAUUUCUCAAGUCAUUCCACUGGCUGGCUGAGGAUCGCGUGGACUACAUGGAAAGAAGUCCCGUGAUCGGAUGGCUCUUCCACGUCAGAGUGGCCGCAUUGGUGUCCUUUUUGGGUAUUCUUGACUACAUGAUGCUCACAUACGCCUACAAUUCCACCAUCUCCAAAGGAGCUUCCGUACAGCUUGUCUUUGGCUUUGAAUACGCCAUCCUCGUCACAAUGGUCACCAAUACGACCAUCAAAUACUUCCUCCAUGCCAUGGAAUUGCGUUCGGAGAGCCCAUGGGAGAACAAGGCGGUCUUCCUUCUCUACACGGAGCUCAUUAUUGGCCUCAUCCGCGUCGUUUUCUACGUACUUUUUGUCGUCAUAAUGGUCAGGACCUACACACUGCCUCUCUUUGCUUUCCGACCAAUGUACUACACAAUCAGGAACUUCAAAAAGGCCCUAAAUGACGUGAUCCUGUCACGUAGAGCCAUACGCAACAUGAACACCCUGUAUCCGGAUGCAACACCCGAAGAGCUCCAAAUGUCCGAUAAUAUUUGCAUCAUCUGCCGGGAGGACAUGGUGAGUCACUCGAAGAAGCUACCCUGUGGGCAUAUCUUCCACACGGCCUGCCUGCGAUCGUGGUUCCAGCGCCAGCAGACAUGCCCAACAUGUCGUCUCAAUAUUCUGCGAACACCCGUGCCAGCAGCUCCGGCGGCCCCACAGGCUGCCCGGAUUGUUCCGAAUGCUGGCAAUCGACCAGCUCAGCCGGGGAAUGCACAAGUGCCACAGGGUGCCAAUCCAGUGGCUCCUGGACAACCACCAAUCGGGGGAAUUCCCGUCUUCCCACCAAAUGUGGCUGCCGGGGCACAGGGAGCACCCGCAGCAACGGGAACUUCUGCAGCUUUCCCACCUUUCCUGCCACCACCCAUUGGUGGUGCAGCCCCAAUGGCUGGAUUCCCCAUGAUGGCACCCUAUCUUGUACCUCCACCACCAAUGCCACCCUCCCUGGACACGCUAACGGAUGAGGAACUCGUUGCUCUCGAAGGUACAGAAAGGAGGAAUGUUGAAGCUAGAAUCAAGCUCCUUCGGAAUAUUCAAACAAUGCUGGAUGCUUCGGUGAUCCUGAUGAAUCAGUACUCAGCCAUAAAUACGCAAUUUCCUCUGGGGAAUAACGUUCUCCCCGUGCCAGGUACGUCAGCAACGACGACAGCAGCUCCUCAGCCAGAGCCUCCCGUGGAUGCUGCAGUUGCGUCAACUUCUGCAACACCCGAGAGAGUGCCUGAAAGGCCUCCAGCUGAUGGGGAGAGCACCACAAAGGCGAGUACAUCGAAGGUGGAUGAGAAUGUAGUUAAAUUGGAGGAUAUCGGAAGCGAAGAGCCAAGCAUACGCACCGAGGAUCCUGGGACGAGUCAGGUGGGCUUUGCUGAAAUCAUCCCUGUUGCUGAGACAUCAGAAAUGUCGGAAUUGCGUCAGAGGCGACUGCAGAAAUUUCAGCCGAGUGAUAAAGGUGAAACUAAGUCCGAUUGAUGGUGAGACCACGAUUUAUUCUUUUGAUCUUUAUUAUUAUUAUCUGAAAUCUAUAAAUUAUAUCGCGCCCACUGUGAGGAUGAUUUUCUUCUUUUUUUUUUGGUCAAAGAACGUAAAACAAAAAUUAUUAUAUUAUUGAAGAUGAAGAAAAUAACAUUUUAAGAUGAAAGAGCUACACCAAA